AUGGAGCCUGAAAACAAAAACAACGUCGCCAUGGAAACGUCAACUGUUAUCAUGGAAAAUGGCGAGGAGAUAGUGAAAGUAAACAAACCGCAGAUGCCCAAUGGAACUCAUCAAUCGUAUUUAAAUGGGCCUGACCAAAUCAUACCAGCGGACAGUUACACAUCGUGCGAACCAGGUGGUUAUGUUAAGCUUCGGAUGCAACCCAGGGGGCUGGCAGCCGAACCUCCUAUAUCAAUACCAGGCCUUCUCAGUCGGACGGCAGCAAGGUACCCCGAUGCUACGGCGUUGGCCUCAAAGAGAAAUGGACAGUGGGAGAAAAUUACCUACAAACAAUACCAGGAGCGAGUGCGUACGAUAGCCAAAGGUUUUUUAAAACUAGGCUUGGAAAGGUAUCACUCGGUGGGCAUUAUUGGCUUCAAUUCGGAGGAAUGGUAUAUUGCCGAUCUUGCAGCGAUUCAUGCGGGUGGCUAUGCGGCGGGCAUUUACACAACGAAUUCCCCAGAGGCUUGUUACCAUUGCUUAGAAACCUCCCGAGCCAACAUAUGCGCGGUGCAGGAUAAAAAGCAGCUCGAAAAAAUAUUAUCUGUGCGCAGUCGACUGAAGCAUCUAAAAGCUAUUAUACAAUGGGAGGGAUCAGUGGACACGUCCAUUCCUGGAGUUUACAGCUGGGACCAAGUAAUGAAAUUGGGUGUGGAGGAACCUGAUACCCAGCUAAAUAACAUAUUAAAGGCAAUGGCUGUAAACGAAUGCUGCACUUUAGUGUAUACGUCGGGCACUGUUGGUCAGCCGAAGGCGGUAAUGUUGUCGCAUGACAACCUGACGUGGGACGCUUUCUCGAUCGGCGAGCGCGUCCGCGAUUUGAACCCAACGCUCGACCGACUUGUUUCGUUCCUACCUCUGAGCCACGUGGCUGCUCAGGUAGUGGAUAUUUACACAACGUUAAGCAACGCAGUUCCCGUUUAUUUUGCCCAACCGGACGCUUUGAAAGGCAGCCUAGUCGAAACCCUAAAGGAAGUUCGACCAACAAGGUUCCUCGCUGUGCCGCGUGUGUGGGAAAAAAUGCACGAGAAAAUAAUGGCCGUGGGAGCUUCGAGUGGCAGCGUCAGGCGUUGCAUCGUCACUUGGGCCAAGGACAAAGGCACGAAACACCAUGAAGCGAGAAUCAACGGUGCCUUCUCGGCUGGGAUGAGAGGUCUUCCUCUAGACUUCACAACCCUCGAAAUGUUACGUUAUUGGCGUGAUGGUUCAAGCUGCGGUUACAAGAUGGCGCGCUCCCUAAUAUUCAGCAAAGUGCGCGACCAGCUAGGGUUGGACUGCUGCGACACGUUUGUCACCGCUGCAGCGCCCCUGUCGCCCGACAUCAAGAAGUUUUUCAUGUCGCUCGACAUACCUAUUGUAGAUGCAUUCGGCAUGAGUGAGACAGCCGGAGCUCACACCCUCAGUAUAUAUCCGAAAUUCAAAUUGGACUCGUCUGGCGAAAUAUUGGACGGCACGGAGACAAAGUUCGGUGGGGCGGUCAGUCCGAACGGCCCUGGCGAGAUCAUGAUGCGCGGCCGCCACGUGAUGAUGGGUUACCUCAACGAGGAGGAGAAGACCAGGGCGACCUUGGACGAGGACGGCUGGCUGCACUCGGGCGACGUCGGCAGGGUCGACAACAACAACUUGCUGUACAUAACGGGACGGAUAAAGGAGUUAUUGAUCACGGCGGGGGGUGAGAACGUGGCGCCAGUGCUUAUCGAGCAGACGGUUCAAGCGCAGCUGCCCCACGUUGGCUACGCCGUGCUGGUAGGAGAUCGGCGCAAGUUCCUCUCCAUACUCCUCACGCUGAAGGCCAAUGUAGACCCACAAACAGGCGAUCCAUUGGACGACUUGGAGACGGAAACGAGGAAAUGGGUGGCGAGUCUGGGAAGCAAUGCAAGAACUAUCAGUGAAAUCGUCAGCACUAAAGAUCCAGCUGUUCAUAAAGUAAUAGAGGAAGGAUUGGCUCGCGCCAAUAAACAGGCCAUUUCAAACGCACAGAAGGUUCAAAAGUUUGCGAUACUACCGGCUGACUUUUCUAUGAACACGGGAGAACUGGGGCCAACGCUUAAAAUAAAGAGGAAUGUUGUCUAUGACAAAUAUAAGGACAUCAUAGAGAAUUUCUAUAAGGAA